AUGCUGUCUAGCAUCCUUCACUUCCUACUCUUCUUCUUUGUCCUUUUCAAUACCAAAAAUCUCAUAGCUUUUGCUCUCACUUCACCCCAAGACAUCUCAGCUCUCAAAGCCUUCAAAGCAUCAGUCAAACCAAGUUCAAUCCAACCAUGGUCUUGCCUGGCUUCAUGGGACUUCACCACCGAUCCUUGUGCCUUCCCUCGUCGAACCCGCUUCAUUUGUGGCAUCACCUGCUCCCCAGACUCAACUCGAGUCACCCAACUCACUCUUGAUCCAGCUGGUUACUCUGGCCAACUCACCCCAUUCAUCUCCCAACUCACUAGCCUCACCAUCCUCGACCUCGCAGAUAACAACUUCUUCGGCCCCAUCCCCUCCUCCAUUUCCUCUCUUAUCAGCCUCCAAACCUUGACUCUCCGUUCCAAUUCAUUCUCUGGCUCAUUUCCUAACUCGAUCACCAACCUUAAGUCCCUCGAAUCUUUAGACUUUUCACACAAUUCUUUAUCUGGGUAUCUCCCAAAAACCAUGGAUUCCAUGUCAAGUUUAAGAAGACUUGAUCUUAGCUACAAUAAACUAACUGGGUAUUUACCAAAACUACCUUAUAACUUACUAGAACUGGCUUUAAAGGCCAAUUCUUUAUCUGGGUCAAUACCAAAAUCAUCCUUUGACAGGUUAAGGCAGUUAGAAGUAGUUGAACUCAGUGAAAACUCGUUCUCUGGCACACUAGAAAACUGGUUCUUUCUCUUGCCUGCACUUCAGCAGGUUAAUUUAGCCAAUAACAGCUUGACACGUGUCGAGAUCUCAAAGCCGGUAAAUGCUAACAGUGGCCUCGUGGCUGUUGAUCUUGGGUUCAACAAAAUCGAGGGGAGCUCCCCCGUGCAUUUCGCUGAUUAUCCUCUGCUGUCUUCACUGUCCCUGAGAUACAAUCGAUUACGUGGCACGAUCCCGUUGGAGUACAGUCGAAAGAAGAGUUUGAGAAGGCUGUUUCUUGAUGGGAAUUUCUUGAUUGGAAAGCCGCCACCGGCUUUUUUCGCCGGAGACACGUCAGUUUUCGGUAGCAUAGGGGAUAAUUGUCUGCAAGCAUGUCCAGGAUCGUCUCAGCUGUGUAUGCCUUCACAGAAGCCGAGUUCUAUAUGCAAGCAAGCUUAUGGUGGAAAACCAAGGUCUUAA